AUGGCGGAAUCGAAUGGUGGCAGAGAUGUGGGGAUCACGGACUCUGAGCACUUUUCGCCAUAUAGGGCAGACGGGAAACUUUAUGGCUUCGUAUGCGUAGUAACAGGAGCAACACAACCUGUUGGAAAAGCCAUUGUCGCCGAGCUCGCCGCCCACGGUGCAGCUUGCAUAUACGCCUGCUCCUCCCUCUCCAGCUCACCCUCACCCACCGACCUCUUCGCCCCACCAACCACUUCCCACCCCAACACAAAGAUAAUCCCCUACCCCUACAACACCGCCUCGGAAGAAGACACCCUCGCCCUCAUCGACGACGUGCUAAAUACCUGGGGCAGACUCGACGUCUGGACCUCAUCUACCGGCCUCCUGGGACCCCCCUCCAUCAACCAAACCGGACCAAAAGACCUCUACGCUGCAUUCGAUACAAACGCUCUACCGGCUUUCUUCGCGCUGAAAUACGCGCCGGCUGCUAUGCAGAAAACUACGCCAAAGGGUAGUUAUCCUAAUGCUGCACCUAAGGAUGUUCCGUACGGGAGUAUUAUCGUUGUUACUAGUGUAGCGGGUACGUAUGGUGGGUGUUGGGCUCCUGCGUUCACUAUGGCGUCGCAUGCGGCGCUGGGGGUGGUUAGGUCUGGUGUUCUUGUGUUGAAGGGGACUGGUGUUCGUAUCAAUGCUGUUACGGCGGGCCAGAUUGAUGUGGGCGUUGAUUUGAAGGAUUGUGGGGUCAAGGAGAUGGCUAUGGGACAGUUUCCGCCGGCGUCGUUGCAGGGGGAGGAGAGUCAGAAGAGGGGGAUUGGACUGGAGAGGGCGGGGCGACCGGAGGAGGUGGGGAGGACGGUGGGGUUUUUGGCGAGUGGGUUUAGUAGUUAUAUUACGGGUACGGAGUUGAGGGUUGAUGGGGGCGCGGGAGUUAUGAAUCCGAUUACAGUGCCUGUGUAG